AUGAGAGCAUCAUCACCAACCCAACACACACCGGCGCUAAAGUUUCCGCAGCAGGUGUGGGUUGAAGAGUUGCCUGCCACACAGCUGUCUCUGACGCCUGGUGUACGGCGUCACCCCUCACUGCCCGGACAAGGGAACAUUUUCCUAAAGCAGCCGCGCUCCUUGCUCUGUGCGGGAGAACUUGCCACUACAGUCACCCAGUCAAACAUGGAGACGGAGCAGAAGCACCAGCAGGACAAGGUGCUGGGAAGACCAAACAACAAAGCCGCCCCUGCCUCCGGGGAUGCCUGCAGGACCGGGAAUCAAGAUCCUGCUUCCUCCGUUCCCACUGUCUCCAGCGAUGUGUCUCCCUCGGGCAGCGCCUCCCUGAGCAGCAGCAGAGCCGGUUCUACCGCUGCCGCCAUUUUCACUGCUCAUGAGAACCCGGGCCUGCCCAUCAUGGCUGCUGUUCCGUCGGAGAGGUAUUCUGACCUCCAGGCCUGCUGCAGUCUUCGCGAAGACCUUGGAUGUGAGGUGACUGAGGGGGGCAGCCAGGCUGCUGUGGGGCCACCCCCGAAGGCCACUGGCCAUGCCGAGCACCCAGCCGGGACCAAGAGCCCCUGGAACAACCGCCGUAGGAAGCAGCCCUGCCGCGACCGGGGUGCCUAUGGUCAGAAGCCUCCAGGGCGGUGUCUGUUAACUAGGCUUUUGCCGCCAUCUUCUCCAGGGUCCCAGCCCAGCAGCCGUCGCUGUUCCCAGGCUUCUACAUCGAGUCAGGCAACCCAGCCAGGCCCUGCACUCCUAAGCCAUGCCUCUGAGACAAGGCCUGCUAGCCAAAGUCUCAUCGCCCUGCCAGCUUCUGCUCGCCACGGACAUGCAUCUGGUCCAGGCCCUGUCUUCCAACACUGCACCGCCCCGCCAGGCCUUUCUUUUCCCCCAUUUGCCGUUCAUCUAGACCCUGCUCGUCUAAGCCCUGAAUCUGCGCCAGACCCGACUGGUGGAGGCCAUGCAUCCGCGCCAGAGCCGACUCGUGGAGGCCGUGCAUCCGCGCCAGAGCCGACUCGUGGAGGCCGUCCAUCCGCGCCAGACCCGACUCGUGGAGGCCGUGCAUCCGCGCCAGACCCGACUCCUGGAGGCCGUGCAUCCGCGCCAGAGCCGACUCGUGGAGGCCGUCCAUCCGCGCCAGACCCGACUCGUGGAGGCCGUGCAUCCGCGCCAGACCCGACUCGCGGAGGCCGUGCAUCCGCGCCAGGCCCGACUCGCCGAGGCCGUGCAUCCGCGCCAGGCCCCGCUGGUCGAGGCCGUGCAUCCGCGCCAGGCCCCGCUGGUCGAGGCCGUGCACCCGCGCCAGGCCCCGCUGGUCGAGGCCGUGCACCCGCGCCAGGCCCGGCUCGCCGAGGCCGUGCACCCGCGCCAGGCCCGGCUCCGCGAGGCCGUGCACCCGCGCCAGGCCCCGCUCCGCGAGGCAGUGCAUCUGCGACAGGCGCCGCUCCGCGAGGCCGUGCAUCUACGCCAGGCUCUGAUCACCGCAGCCGCAGCCGAGCUUUCCGCGGAGUUGCUUCCAGGUCAGGCCCUGCCCUCCGAGGCCGCACAUCCGGGUCAAGCCCUCCGCUCCAACGCAGCGGCCAUCCGCCAGGCCGUGCCCUUCGCAGCACAGCAAGAUCAACCCCUGCUCGUCGCAGCACCAGCAUGACGCCAGACACUGGCCUCCGGAGCUGUUCCACCCAGCGAAGAUCAGCCCUUCUCAGCCGCUCUCUGUCUGGGCCAGCUGAUGAGAAUCCUUCCUGUGGGGCUGGCUUACGAAGGCUUGCCUUUCAGAGCAGCUCAGGCUCUCCUGAUCCUGAGGUGCCAAGCAGUCCUUCCCCACCUGUUUGGCAUGCAGUCCGUAUGCGUGCCUCCUCACCCUCACCCCCUAGGAGUUACUUCCUUCCCAUCCCUCAGCAGUGGGAUGAGAGCUCCUCUUCCUCAUCCCCUUCCCCAAGUAGGUCUCCUGGCACAAGUCCGUCCUCCUCCCCGACUAAGAUUUCUGGGCAGAGUUCCUCUUCCUCUUCCCCUGAGUUUUUGGGCCUGAGGUCUAUCUCCACUCCUAGCCCUGAGAGCCUUAGGCGUGCCUUGAUGCCUGAGCUUUAUGCUCCAAGCCCUGUCCCUCCAGAAGAGCAGGCAGAAAUAGAGAGCACAGCUCAUCCCCCACCACCACCUGAGCUGUGACCUUCUGUGAGCAUCCUCUAAGACUCACAGAAGGAAUCAGCAUCUACUUUGUGAAUGGGCUGCCUGCCCUGUAGUUACCUGCGAGGUCUCCCAAAGUUCUAGCUGUUAACCAACAUUCUGCGUAGUUUUGAAGCCUCCCCUCCCCAUGACUCCACCACCUAGCACUUAACCUGCUGUCGGCCUUUGAUUCUGGCCCACCUUCUUCCUCAAGAAUUUGCUUUUGCCCUUGAGCUGAGACUCUGUUUUCCAGGUUGCUUUCUGUUAUGAAGUGUUUUAAUUAGU